UGCUUGACUUUUGUUCAGUCCCCACUGUGUGCCAGGCACCGCGCUAAAGAAUUUAUACGUAUCAACUCCGUUACUGCUCUGUUUUAUAGAUCAGGAAACUGAGGCACAGAGAGGUUAAGUAAGUUGCCCAAAAUGACGUAGCUUGUGAGUGGCAGAUACAGAAUUCAAACCCUGAUGAUCUGGCUUGGAGGUGUUGCUGUCUAGGCCUCGCAGCCUUGGAGAGAACCAGACUGGCCAGCGUGGGGGCGGUGGGUGGGGAAGGAGCCGGCUGUGCUCUUUGUUCUUUGAGGCAGCCUGUCUGCAGGACGCCCUUGUGUUUGGAUCCAGGGCAGAACCACAGCCUGCGGGUGGAUGUAUAAAUAGGCGAGGCUUCUGCUCUCCUGAAUCUGGACACCAGGUGGUCACGGAAUAGGCCCCUUGAGGGAGGUAGUGAGCUCCCCACUGCCGGGUGACUGCCCACCCCUCAGGGAUGCCCAAAGAGGCGGGAGGGCUGAGGGGACCACCUGUGCAGGCCACGAGAGUUCCCCGGGGCCCCUCCGUGUAGCUGGCUGGCUCCCAGUCCUUUGUUGAGGACAAGCCCAGCUUUCCUGGCACAUCCCCCACCCCCAGGCAGUGGCAUGUCCCCGUGGACCACUAGAGGGGAAGUGACCGGGUGUCCGCCGGGUCCAGCCUGCCCUAUUAGGAAGCCCGGCCUGUCAAGCCUGGCAGAACUGCUGACGGAGGCACUGGGAACAAUGCUGCGUGGGAGGAGGCGUGUGCGUGUGUUUGCUCGCCUCCUGACCCGAGUGCCAGCAGUGACACAUUUUAUUUGUCCCCUCUGGUCCCCUGUGGGCAUUCAGCCUGACUCUCUGAUAGAUCUGACUCCCACUUGGGCCCCCUGUCCUGCUGUAGCUUUGGCUAUAGGGCAGGGGAGCCAGUCAGCAGGCUCUGGUCCCUCCUGAUGCCAGGGCUUACCUGGCCUCCUCAGAGUUCUUACCAAGGAACCCCGGGAGCCCGUCACCUCCUUGUCUCAGGCACAAAGAGGCGAAGUGACUUAUCGGAGGCCAUGUAACCAGCACGUACGGCAGAAGGCACAGUCAGGCCCUGGAAACUGGAAAUGGGGGUGAAGGGGCCUUCGAGAUCAUCUUGUCCAGCCCUUUCAUCGUACGAAUGAGGAAACAGGGCCCACAGCUGCACCUUGACCUGGCCGAGGCACGGCUGGCUGUCAGUGGCAGAGCCGGGACUAGAACCCAGGUCUCUUGGCCCCAAAUUCUCGGUCCUCUCCCUUCUGCAGCCCCCUCCUCCACUUUGGGUUUCCUCACAUCUCAGUUCUGCUGCUGCUUCCCCUGCAGGGCUGACUGAUGCAGUGGUUGUGGCUCCCACCCAGGCUUCCCUUCCCAUACUGCCGCUGUCGCCUUCCUCGGCCGCCAGUGUCUGAUUAUCCCCGUUGUCACUUCCUUUGCCUCCCAGGACUGGUAGCAGCAGCUGGUUUACAAGAACUUAGCUGAGUGGAAGGAGCGCGGGCUUAGCUAGGCAGCUUUGGGAUCCAGUCACAGCUCUUCUUCCACUUGUGAGAUGUGUGACCUUGGGCAAGUUGCUUAACCUUUCUGAGCCCUGGUUUCUCAUCUGGGAGAUCAGAUGAUUUGGACCUUCCAGCCCUGCAGAGCGCAGCAGCCGCCCCGAGCCCCGUGCUUGGCAACAUUCCCCCCAACGACGGGAUGCCGGGAGGCCCCAUCCCGCCAGGUUUCUUUCAGGGUCCUCCGGGGUCACAGCCCUCGCCGCACGCACAGCCUCCACCUCACAAUCCCAGCAGCAUGAUGGGACCCCACAGUCAGCCUUUUAUGUCACCGCGAUACGCAGGCGGCCCCAGGCCCCCGAUCAGAAUGGGAAACCAGCCUCCAGGAGGAGUUCCUGGGACCCAGCCACUGCUGCCCAAUUCCAUGGAUCCCACCCGACAACAAGGGCACCCCAACAUGGGAGGAUCAAUGCAGAGAAUGAACCCUCCCCGAGGCAUGGGACCCAUGGGGCCCGGCCCACAGACUGACCCUUGGUUAUCGUUGCAGAAUUACGGCAGCGGCAUGAGACCACCACCCAACUCCCUCGGCCCCGCCAUGCCCGGGAUUAACAUGGGCCCGGGAGCUGGCAGACCCUGGCCAAAUCCUAACAGUGCUAACUCAAUUCCAUACUCCUCUUCAUCACCUGGUACCUACGUGGGACCUCCUGGCGGUGGUGGCCCCCCAGGAACACCCAUCAUGCCUAGUCCUGCAGAUUCAACAAAUUCCAGUGACAACAUCUACACAAUGAUUAAUCCGGUGCCGCCUGGAGGCAGCCGGUCCAACUUCCCGAUGGGUCCAGGCUCGGACGGCCCGAUGGGAGGCAUGGGCGGCAUGGAACCACACCACAUGAACGGAUCGUUAGGGUCAGGUGACAUAGAUGGACUUCCAAAAAAUUCUCCUAACAACAUAAGUGGCAUUAGCAAUCCUCCAGGCACCCCUCGAGACGAUGGUGAGCUAGGAGGGAACUUCCUCCACUCCUUCCAGAAUGACAAUUAUUCUCCAAGCAUGACGAUGAGCGUGUGAUCCCCUCCUCUUCUCCGAGACCUGAGAGAGCCGGCAUUGCAGGCGGGAAGAUGCCAGAAAUUAUGCAAGAAGAAGUGAGGUGUCAUUACCCAGGAGCUGGGGGAGGGGCGUCUCCCUGCUCCCCCUCAGCCCCCACCCUCCUCCUCCAGUCCCCCCCACCUGUCCCAAUUUUAGUUUCAUGCAAUAAAAAGGCCGAACUUUUUAUUCCAUAAAACAUGAAGGACAAAACUCAAAAUAAAAAUAUAUUUCAAGUCAAUGACCAGAAAAAUCCCACCCCUUGCCCUUUCCCAAAAGGACCUUUUAUGUACAUGACACUUUUUUGUUGUUUUUUUUUUUGUUUGUUUGGGGUUUUACCGUUACUGGGAUUUUUUAAUUUGUUUUCAGGGGGGUUUUUUUGGGGGAAAAAUUUUUAAAAAUGGAAGCUUCUAGCAAGUCCUCCACCCACCCCACCCCAAUCAACCUCUUUGCUUUCUUCUUUAAAAAAAAAAAAAAAGAAAGAAAAAAAGAAAAAAGGACCAAAAAAAAAAAAACAAAAAAAAAACCCUGCUGUCUGUCUGUACCCAAGCCCUUCCACCAGGAAAGCUAGUCUAGGUGUGAGAUCUCACGCUGUCUUUGUAGCCAUCUAAAAAUAAUAAUAAUAAUAAUAAACUGGGCAGUUUACAAUCGGUGGUUUCUUUCAAAAGGCCUUUUUUGGAAAGAGACAAGAAAGUCCCCUUUCUCCACUUGGGGUUUUCAGUUUGUGCGGAUGGGCAAGCAAGGGGUGGGAACCUGUUUUGUUUUCGCUUGGUUUCUCCCGGCGAGGUGGCCUCAGCAGCUGCACAACUGGGACCCCAGAACCACCCCCUCCCGUAUGUGGCCCGAGGGGCCAGACCACCUGACCGCUUUCAGGACUCCGCCACAGCGGAGACUCGCUGUGACCCGGUGGCAUGCACUGUGUUCCCAGGACUGCUUCCUCCUCUCUCUCUUCUGGACCUUCCCCUGCCCGGCCUCCCUGCCGCUCCAGCCCUCUCCUCAGCCCCCACCCCAGUCUUCCCAGCGAGAAUCCUGCCAGCUGGGUGGUGGCCUGGACGGAGCGCAGUGGGGGAGGCCGCCCCCAACAGGAUGGCUAUGACCUGGGACAUGGCAACCGUGACCCCCGCGUUCUCGCCCCGUGGCCCUGGCUCGCAUCGUCCUCGUCGUGUGUGCGGGCACUGUAGGGCUGGAGUUUGGGUUUCCUUUUGUUUUGGGUUUGUUUUUUUUUUUUUUUUCUCUUGAUUCUUGCUUCUUUUUCAAAGAUGGGAAUUGACCAGAAUUGCUCUGUAUACGCUUGGAACUGGAUGGAAAGACUUUGGAAUAGCUGUUGGGGGGGCGGGGGACACCAACAACCAAACAGACGUGCUGUUUCCGGUCCUGUUUUUAUUUUCAAAAACCGACAAAUGCGACAGUGGAGCCUGUCCCCUCCCAGGAGGGGUGACUCAUGGCCUCCCUCACCUCACUACCCCCAUCGAACCUCUGUGUCUUGCCCUGAAGACACCCGAAUUCUUUGUACAUUUACAGCCCCUCCUCCCUGCUCCCCUGUAGCUGCUGUUUGUUUUCCUCCCUCCCCUUCCUGAUCCAUGUAUAUCAUACUAUGUGAGAUACCAUCUGCCUGAAAAAAGACCUUGUGCGGAUUAUUGGGAACAUUGUAGCUGUUUCUGUGUUUUUUCUUACCUUGUAGUCUGGUUCUGAAUUAAGAGAGGAAAAAAAAAAGUAAUUAUGAUACAUUGUAGUUUGUGUACGAUAUAUGUUGAUAACGUUUUAUUAAAGGGACAUCUUUUUUCCGCA